AUGGUCAAUAAUAUUUCAGGAGCGAAGUUUGUUACGAUUGUUCCGACAGUUUACCCUUGAUUUUAUGUUGAAAAAAAUUGCUGUAGGCCUAUAAUGCCGUUAUUUUCUAGUUCUUCACCCUUUGACCAAGAUGUUGAGAAAGCGACAAGUGAACUCAAUACCACGGACGACUGGCAACUUAUUAUGGAAAUCUGUGACCGUAUUCCACGGACAUCGUCUGGACCCAAAGAUGCAUUACGUUCAAUAAUGAAAAGAGUAAACCAUAGAGUUCCCCACGUUGCUAUUCAAGCACUUACACUCCUAUCUGCUUGUGUGAAUAAUUGUGAUAAAGUGUUCCACUUGGAAGUGUGCUCCAGGGAUUUUGUCAAUGAGGCAAAAAGUAUAAUUUCAAGGGGACAUCCCAAAGUAACCGAAAAACUGAAAAGCCUGAUAAAGGAGUGGUCUGUUAGCUUCAAGGAUGACCCACAGUUGAGGUAUACAAUUUUGUGUGUUAUUUUUUUUGUUAACAAUUACAGUCCAACCUCUCCAUGGAUACAGACACCUCUCUAAUAUGGACACCUCUCUAAUACGGACAAUUUCCUAUUUACCGGCAAAAUUCUCAUACAUUUCCUCUAAAAAACCUCAGUCUAUAAUACAGACCCUCUCUAAAAUGGAUGACAGGCGCUAAAUCUUGCAAAUACAGUACAGUGUAAUCAAAAAUACUUCUGUGGAAACUUACAUGUAAAAGUGACAUCAUCAUAGUGACCUCCAAUAUGGACACCUCUCUAAUAUGGACACUUCGCUCUGUCCCUUCCGU